AUGGCGCGGCGGCAAAGACGGUUUGACAGAGAUGGCACGAUAGCAGCGUUAUCGCGUGGAGGCAGAGACAGAGAAAAGCUUCAGAAUCGCGUGGAGAAGAUGAACUGUUCUAUGAAAAAAGUGAGCAUGAAGAAGGCUUUAAAGUUGUCAAAAUUCAGUGGUGAACUUAAGGGACUAGAUGCAGCAAUUGCUAAGGCAACUAGCUAUAAGCACGCAUUACCAAAGGAAAAGCACAUUCGUACAAUUUUUCAUUCACUGUCUCCGUCAAAACCUCGCAGUGAGGUGAUUUACUGUAUAGAGGGUCUUACAAAGCGUUUUAGCCAUACUAAUAAUUGGAGUGUUGCCAUGAAAUCACUUUUAGUCUUACAUCGUGCCAUUAGGGAACUUGACUCUUCAAUUUUUGAAGAGCUUCUCCACUAUCGCAAUUCAAAAGGUUACAUCAUUGACUUCUCAUUCUUUCAUGGAACAUCAGCCCCCACCGAUUUUUCCAUUUGGAUUCGUCAUUAUGCCCUCUACCUUGAAGAACGCAUACAAUGUUUCAAUGUAAUAAACUAUGACGCUGCAACAAAUAGCUCGGUUGCUGGUGAAAGUGUCAAACUAUAUGUUGCAAUAACUAUUAGAGUGGUUGAAUUGCUCGACAAGUUUUUCGAGAUGUACCAUGAUGACGCUCGUAGUUCACUUCGAAUUUAUAAAAAAUCAGUGACUCAGGCAGAAAGGUUAUCCGAGUUCUUUGAUACUUGCAAAAGAUUAGAAUUUGGAAGGGGGAGAAAAUUCAUCAAUAUUAAAAUGCCUCCUGCUUCUUUUAUUACUACCAUGGAGGAAUAUAUUAAGGAGGCUCCAAGCUCCUUAAUGCUUGAAGACAACAUGGAUGACAACAGUAAAAGACUUAUCAACAGCAACCAUGCAAGUUCAACGGGUGAUAUCUUGUCUAUUAAUGACGAUGUUGUUGAUAAGCCAACAAAUGCUUCUACUGAAAAUAACAUUGUUGUGCCACAACCUGCUGAACUUAUGGGUUUGCAUGACUUACUCACAGGAGCAUCUGAAUUUGAAGAGAAAUCUCUGGCAAUGACAUUUAUCCCAAGUGAAAACGAUGAGAAUCGGACAAGCCCAGAACUAGGUUGGGAGGUUGCACUUUUUACUGAACCAGAAAAUGAUAAUGGGAAUAUAAUAACAACUGAAAUGGAGAAUAAUAGAGAGGUUGGUGGAAUGGAGUUAUGGAAAGAUGAUGAUGAGACAGAAGAAAGUGUAAGUCAGUUUAGUAGGAAAGUAAGGUUGAAUCCUUUUGACAUGGAGGGUAGUGAUCAUCAUGAUGAGCAAUUUAACAUGGCAUCUUCAAAUUCACUUCCUAACAUUCCAUAUCAAAUGGGUGACAUGCCUUACCAACAUUUAGUGCAGCAACCAAGAAAAACAGUCAAUCCUUUUGAUGAAACAAACAUCUUUCCUUCAACUCUGCCAACACACCCAACCCAAACUAGAUAG